AAAAUAGCCAUACUAUCCAACUACUUCAGCGACAUGGCACAACGACCUAGAAGAUGAGAUGCCGUCAUCCAAUGAACGGUCUGAUAUAAACAAUGCCGACAAUAAUUCAUUUAUUAUAAUGGUCGGAUAUAAUAAAUUUUACGAAUUUUACGUAAAAUUCAGCAGAAGUAUAUAUAUCAAGUAUAUAUAUAUAGAUUAGAUCGCCCUCGAAAUUUGCAAUACGCCACAAUCCAGCAGAAGCUCCAUUUUCGGAAUUCGAUAAAGCUCAAAUACAAAGUAGUACUAUUCGUACUGAUCAAAGGCCAGAGAAAUGAACUAGUUCAAUUUCGAACAUUUAUAUGUCACGUUUCCAGGAGAAUACAUGGCAUCCUUGGCAACAGCAGAAGUUUGUGAUGUAAAUGCAGGGCUACUGUCAAAUGGCGAUCUACGAGUUUUGCCACCUAUCUUCCAGAUAUACGGGCAAAGUCGAGCUUUCUCUGGCCCCAUUACAACCCUUAAGGUGUUUGAGGACAAUGUGUUAGUCAGGGAGCUUCUUGAAACUAGAGGCGAAGGACGAGUUCUGGUAAUAGAUGGUGGAGGGAGCAUGCGAUGUGCUCUAGUAGGCGGGAACUUAGGACAAUUAGCGCAGAAUAUGGGUUGGGCAGGUAUUGUAGUUAAUGGCUGCAUUCGUGAUGUAGACGAGAUUAAUGGCUGUGACAUUGGGGUUCGUGCAUUGGCAUCGCACCCUCAGAAAUCGAGCAAGAAAGGCCAUGGUGAAAAACAUGUUCCUGUUUAUAUUGGGGGGAUGUUGAUUCGUGAAGGAGAAUGGUUAUAUGCAGAUAGUGAUGGCAUUCUCGUAUCGAAAACUGAAUUAUCGGUCUAAUUUGAAAAUCAUGCGAUUGUCUGCUCAAAGUACUAUGGCAAGUGAAAUCCUUGUUUUGUGUUGUGUAUUGAUACAUAUUUUGAUUCAUGUAGUCUAAUAAGGGCAAUGCCAAUCAUAAUUGAUAACUAUGGGGGGUUUUUUGUACCAAAACCAAGCACCCUCGUCGAAUGUUUCAUUUUUUUGUAACACUUCUCUUUUAAUCUGUUGAAAAAAGAACGAUACAUUGGAUAAUUUAA